CGCAAGUGGUGGUUCAGCGUCCUCUUUGGCUCUUCGGGUGCUGCAAGGCUGCAAGCUUCCCACCAGAUUUUGAGCUCUGCAUCCGAUGGAUUCGAUUUCAAAAAAAACCAAGGACUCACCCAACUCAACCGACUCGCCCGAGUCAACUCACCCUUCUUCAUUCCCAGACGAGGUCUUGGAAGGAGUUCUUUCUCUUCUUUCCUUCAACAAAGACCGUAGCUCAGUCUCACUGGUUUGCAAGGAUUGGUACAAUGCUGAGAGAUGGACAAGAACCAAAGUCUUCAUAGGAAACUGCUAUUCAGUGUCACCAGAGAUAGUUGCAAGAAGAUUUCCAAAGAUUAGAAGCAUUAUUUUGAAGGGAAAACCAAGGUUUUCAGACUUCAAUCUGGUGCCAGAGAAUUGGGGUGCUGAUAUACAAUCUUGGCUUGUUGUGUUUGCAAGAGUAUACCCUUUUCUUGAAGAGUUGAGAUUGAAAAGAAUGACUGUGAGUGAUGAAAGUUUGGAGUUCUUAGCCGCGUCCUUUCCGGGUUUUAAGGCUCUUUCACUCUCGAGUUGCGAUGGAUUCAGUACUGAUGGACUCAAAGCUAUUGCAACUCAUUGCAAGAACUUGAUUGAGCUCGACAUACAAGACAAUGGCAUGGAUGAUUUUGGUGGGGGUUGGUUAAGUUGUUUUCCUGAAAACUUUGCAUCAUUAGAAGUGCUAAACUUUGCCAGCCUGAAUAGCGAAGUUAAUUUUGAUGCCCUUGAGAGACUUGUUACCAGAUGCAAAUCAUUAAAGGUUUUGAGAGUUAAUAAGGGCAUCACCUUGGAACAAUUACAAAGGCUGCUCAUGCGGGCUCCUCAGUUAAUGGAACUUGGUACUGGCUCCUUUCAGCAAGAUCUCACACCUCGCCAGUGUGCAGAGCUUGAAAGUGCUUUCAGUAACUGCAAAAAUCUGCACACCGUCUCAGGUUUAUGGGAAGCUAAUUCCCUCAACCUUCCCAUUCUAUACCCAGCUUGUGCCAGUCUGGUCUUCUUGAAUUUAAUUGAUGCAACUCUACAAAGUGGUGAGCUUGCCAAGCUUCUGGCCCACUGCCCAAAUCUACGGCGCCUCUGGGUCCAGGACACGGUAGAAGACAAGGGGCUAGAGGCUGUUGGAUCCUGCUGUCCCUUGCUUGAGGAACUUCGUGUCUUCCCUGCAGAUCCCUUUGACCCGGAUAUACUCCAUGGGGUGACUGAAUCAGGUUUUGUGGCUGUGUCUCGUGGAUGCCGCAGGCUCCGUUAUGUCCUCUACUUUUGUCGGCAGAUGACUAAUGCUGCUGUGGCAACCAUAGUUCAGAAUUGCCCCGAUUUCACCCAUUUCCGCCUCUGUAUAAUAAAUCCUGGCCAGCCAGAUCACCUGACAAAUGAACCUAUGGAUGAGGCUUUUGGUGCUGUGGUGAAGACUUGUACCAAGCUCCAGAGGCUCUCAGUUUCAGGCCUGUUAACUGACCUUACAUUCGAGUAUAUUGGGAAGUAUGCCAAAAACCUGGAGACUCUUUCGGUUGCCUUUGCUGGCAGCAGUGACCGGGGAAUGCAAUGUGUACUGGGAGGCUGCUCCAAGCUGAGGAAGCUUGAGAUAAGAGAUUGCCCAUUUGGGAAUGCAGCACUGCUAUCAGGGUUGGAGAAGUAUGAAUCAAUGCGGUCUCUAUGGAUGUCAGCCUGCAAUGUGACGAUGAAUGGAUGCAGGCUAUUAGCGAGGGAGAUGCCAUGGUUGAAUGUGGAGGUAAUGAAGGAUGAGGAAAGUGAUGACAGUCAUGCUGAUAAAGUUUAUGUUUAUCGUUCUGUAGCUGGGCCAAGAAGGGAUGCCCCACCUUUUGUAAUGACACUCUGAAUCUAGAAGGAAAGGAAUUCUUGGUUAGCUCUUUCUCUCUUUCCUUUCCCCUCUAAUACAACCCCCCUCCCCAACCCCAAGCCCAACCCGACCUGGGGCAUGCCUACAUUUUUUAGCAUAGAUGUGUGCAAUUACAUGUGCAGAUCCACAUAUUUGAAACAUGACCUGCUCUUCGCUGGUGUGUAGAAUUAAGAUGUGGGUACUCAUCUUUCCUAGGAAAUUUCUCUCAAAUUAUUUUUUUCCUGUUUGGAACCUAAUGUUUCCAAUCAAAUAGGGGAAAAAAAAAAUCUUUGUUUAAAAUUCUCCGGUCAAUGUCUUCAGCUUCAAAAGUGUUAGAUGUGGGUUUCAUCAAGAUGUGUAUGUAAUCGUUUCUUUCAAUAAUCCGUGCUUCUAAAUUUAUUAUCAUUUCAACC